UUUUUGACCCACACUCUCUCUCUCUCUCUCUCCCGGGGAGCGGGGGAGGAGGGGAGGGAGAAAAACCUCAGCUGGGAUUGAAGACUGGCAAUUCUGGACUAGGGUUGCCUGCACUCCAGACUGUGCUGGAUUGAAGAUUAAUCUAUCAAGAAAGAUUCUGCCAUGUGAUGAAACCCAUUCAUCUAACCACAAUGGACAGCAGCCCUGUCUGCACCCGGACCCUGCUCUGGCAAGGAGCUGGCUAAUGAAAUCUUGCCCAGUAACACCAGAGGGCCCUGCUCUUCUUAUUACUCCGGGAAGGGAGACGGCUGCUGUUUGCCCGUCUGCUCAGCACAUCGGGGGUUGGACUUCCCGGGUCAGACGCUGCUGCCGCCUCCAUUGUGAGCCGAGAACCUGGGCUGAGCCGCUGCUUCUCCCUAGCGGGGUGUGUGCGGGGAGAGCCCUUCCCUAGCGCCCCUCUGUGCCCAGCCGGGGGGGACUCUCUGCGGGGGCUGGAACCAGCCCCUGGGGCAGCCCCGGGCUCUGCCGACACCAGCCCCUGAGCCGGAGCCUGCAGCAGGUGAUGGGAUGGUGAGUGAGAAUGAGGAGGAGAAAUCUCAGCAGGAAGGUACUGAGCCAGUGGAACUACAUGGGAUAAUAUUGGGAAGAGUUGAAGGGGAUGUUUCCCAAAGCCCUGAGCAGGAAGAAGCCUGUGAGAGUCAGCUCAGGCCAGAGAGGGCACAUGGAAACCAGCCAGAGGAGAGACUGGAUAAAUGUACUCGUGGGAAAAGAGGGGACAAGAACGUCCAUGACGCUGUCCAACAAAGAAACUCAACUGAGGAGAGAUCGUUCGCCUGUGGUAAAUGUGGGCAAAGCUUCCCCUGCAGCUCCGCCCUCAGCCUGCACCAGAGGAGUCACAACAGUGCCAGAGAGAAACCCUACAAAUGUGAAGAGUGUGGGAAAAGGUUCAGCCGGAGCUUGAACCUCAUCAUUCACCAGAGAGUGCACACGGGAGAGAGACCCUACAAAUGCCCCGACUGCACGAAAUGUUUCAAGAACAGCUCUGGGUUCCUGAGGCACCAACUAGCCCACACGGGCGAUAAGCCCUUCAUCUGCCCAGACUGCGGGAAAUGCUUCAAUCGGAGCUCCACCCUCGUCACACAUCAGAGGACCCACACGGGGCAACAGCCCUACAAGUGCACUCACUGUGGGAAAGCCUUCAGCCAGAGCUCCAACCUGAUCAGACACCAGAGAACUCAUGUGGGAGAGCGCCCCUACCCAUGUCCCGACUGUGGGAAGAGCUUCACCCAGAGCUCCAACCUCAUGACCCACCAGAGAAUCCACACUGGGGAGAGACCCUACAAAUGCACCGAGUGCGGGAAAGGCUUCGUUCAGAUUGCAAGCCUUCUUUCCCACGAACGAACCCACAUGGAGGGGAAACCUCACGAGUGUCCUGACUGCGGGAAAAGGUUCCGCUAUGGUUCCAGCCUGACUUCCCAUCAGAGAACUCACACAGAGGAGAAUCCCUAUAAAUGUCCCGACUGCGGGAAAAGCUUCCCUCAGAGCUCGAACCUCAGCAGGCACCAGCGAAUCCACACAGGAGAGAAACCUUAUGAGUGUCCUGUGUGCGGGAGAAGCUUCAUUCAGAAAUCAAACCUGUUCGCUCACCAGAGAACCCACUUGGUAGACAAACCUUCCAAGUCCCCUCCCAAAUGAGGGCUAGGUCUCUGUCAGAGUCCAGGUGUUACCACAGAAGGGAGUUAGGGCUCAUUCACAGCCUUUUAACUUACAGGGUGAUGUUAGCCUGGUUUAAUAGGCUGUGUGAACACGCUAUAAUCCAGAUUUAUUUUGGUUUAGCCUAAAUUGAUUAGGUCAGGUCUCUAUAGACAAAAAAUUGCCCCAGUCUAAGGGCCUCUCCGAGCAGGGAAGUUAUUCCAGAAUAAGGGAGAGUGUGAAUUUGAAGUGCUACAGAUAUCCCUAAUGACACCGCAUACGGACACUCUCGUAUUGAGAUUUAGGGUCCAUGUGGGGAUUUGUUCUAAAAUAGCAGUAGCCAGUCAGUUUCCCCAUGUAGACAAGCCCUAAUUAAAGGUAGGAUUAUAAACUGAUUUAGUUUAACAGGCACAGCUGUAUGUGUGAUGCUCAUAUCAUUUCCAACCUUCCUUGGCUUUGUUUAGCUUGAGGUGUCUACACCAUGUUAAUUAGGCCUUUGUGAGUUUGUGUAUGGAUAAGGACUUUGCUGAAGCACUGACCUCCACUCCUAUCAAAGACGUGAACUUUGGGGACUAAAAAUUAAAAAGGAAAUGAGCAGAAAAAGUCAUUCACAGUAGGUAGAAGAUAAACAAUUACAUGAUUGAAUCAAGCAGAAUCUACAAACUAAUUGUAGGCAAUGGAAUAGGAAGAUGUGAAAGAAACAAACAGGAGCCGACAAAUCUACUUUGUCAUUUACUCCUUCCUUGCUAUGUUGUGAUGUAGCUGGCCCAGUGACCACAGCAUAGAAUCAUAGAAUAUCAGGGUUGGAAGGGACCUCAGGAUGUCAUCUAGUCCAACCCCCUGCUCAAAGCAGGACCAAUCCCCAACUAAAUCAU